AUGAGAACACCCACAAGUUUAACAGAACAAAUGGCGAUCACAGAUGGACCAAUAUUUUAUAUAUCACGUUUUUUGGGUUUAGCACCAUGUUCAAUUGAGAAAAAAGAUGGUCGAAAAAUAUCAUUUAAUUUAUCAGCUAUAUUUUGUAUUUAUAGUUUUACAGUUGCAACAUUUGGAGUUGUCUUGGGCACUUUAGGCGUAUUAAAUGAUUUAUGGGCUGGUAAUAAUUCAAUUCGUAUGAAGGAACGUACAGCACGUAUUGUUACAGUUGCUGAUAUUGCAUCGAUAUUUUUUUUAGCUUGUCUUGGAAUAUUUGGAGCACCGUUUCGUUUACCGAAUAUCCGAAAAUUCUAUGAAAGUUUAGUUCAGAUUGAUAGUAUUUUGCCACCAAUACGAGUAAAGCAAUUUCGUAAUCUUAGUUAUUAUUAUUUGAGUGGAACAGUUUUAUUGGUGACAUUCGUUUUGGGUAUAGAUUUAUAUGCAUGGAUGCGAUUUGCUAAAAUGAAUAAUGAAGGUGAAUUUGUUGUACGAAAUUAUUUACCAUUUUAUUGUUGUUAUUAUGUGGUUAUGGUUUUGGAAUUACAAUAUGCGCAUGAUUAUAAAAAUAAUAAACAAUCAUGGAAAGUUUCUGUAAAACCAACAUCGUCGACAACGGAACCAAGACAUUUGGGUAGUGUUAUCGAUUUAUUGUCACGUAAUAAUAAAAUAAAUGAUGAUUUGUUUAAUUUCAAAGAAAAUAAUUUAAUUACGAAUUCUAAAGAUUAUGUUUUGCAAUUAUGUCGAGUGCAUAGUACUUUAUGUGAAGCGGUUAUACAAUUAAACGAAGGUUUUGGAUUUUGUGUUCUUAUUAUUUUAAUAAGUUGUUUAUUACAUCUAAUAGAAACACCUUAUUUCUUGUUAAUAGAGAUAACGGGACGUAAUGAUCAUUUGUUUACGAUUAUACAAAUUUUAUGGAUUGGAAUACAUUCCCUACGAAUUUUUAUUAUUAUACAACCAGCAAAUGAUGCUAUAAAUGAGUCAAAAAUAACCAAAGUCCAAGUGUGUAAUUUACUGUGUUGCGCAAAUUUGGAUGAAAAACUUAGGAAAGAGUUGGAAAUAUUUUCAUUACAAUUAAUUCAUAGAACGGUUGAAUUCACAGCAUGUGGAUUAUGUACGUUAGAUCGACGAUUAAUAUCUGCGAUCACUGGAGCUGUUACAACAUACUUGGUGAUAUUAUUUCAAUUUAAUCAAGGAGCUGAUAAAGAGUGAUUACAUAAUUUAUUAAAUAUACAUUUUGUGGAUUUAUG